UUCCCCGCAGAGAGUCAAUUUCAGAUUCAAUAGUGCGGUGUUGAGAGGGAAGAACUGGGAGCUCCCACUGCCACCAUUUGGGAAGGGCUGAGAUGUUGGCGUCCGUAAGGUUAGAGAAACGAAUGGAAAUAGGCAAAAGCACAAGGCGGGCUGCAACUCAGGGCAAGGCAACAGUGCUUGCUCUUGGUAAGGCCUUCCCUAGCAAUGUCGUUUCCCAGGAAAAUCUCGUGGAGGAGUAUCUCCGUGAAAUCAAAUGCGAUGACCUUUCUAUCAAAGACAAGCUGCAACACUUGUGUAAAACCACAACUGUGAAAACACGCUACACAGUCAUGUCUCGGGAGACGCUGCACAAAUACCCUGAGCUAGCAACUGAGGGUUCCCCAACCAUCAAUCAGAGGCUUGAGAUCGCAAACGAGGCGGUUGUGCAGAUGGCAUAUGAAGCUAGCUUGGUUUGCAUCAAGGACUGGGGAAGGGCAGUGGAAGAUAUCACUCAUCUUCUCUAUGUUUCCUCCAGUGAGUUCCGUUUGCCCGGAGGUGACCUCUACCUCUCGGCACAGCUGGGCCUUAGCAACGAGGUUCAGAGAGUGAUGCUGUAUUUUCUGGGAUGCUACGGAGGUCUGAGCGGGCUGCGCGUGGCCAAAGACAUUGCUGAGAACAACCCUGGGAGCCGGGUGCUGCUCACCACCUCUGAGACUACGGUUCUGGGGUUCCGCCCGCCCAACAAAGCUCGCCCUUAUGACUUAGUCGGGGCUGCACUCUUUGGAGACGGAGCCGCUGCCCUGAUCAUCGGAGCAGACCCUACAGAGUCCGAAUCUCCCUUCAUGGAGCUUCACUGUGCUCUGCAGCAGUUCCUGCCUGGAACGCAAGGGGUGAUCGACGGGCGGCUGUCAGAAGAGGGCAUAAGCUUCAAGCUAGGAAGAGACCUCCCUCAGAAGAUCGAAGACAAUGUCGAGGAGUUCUGCAAGAAGCUGGUGGCAAAGGCGGGUUCUGGCUCUGGUUUGUUGGAUUUCAAUGACCUUUUCUGGGCAGUUCAUCCGGGUGGACCCGCCAUCCUGAGUGGGAUAGAGACAAAGCUGAAGCUGAAGCCGGAAAAGCUGGAAUGCAGCAGACGGGCGUUGAUGGAUUAUGGGAACGUAAGCAGUAACACCAUCUUCUACAUAAUGGAAAAAGUGAAAGAGGAGCUUGAGAAGAAAGGCACAGAGGGAGAAGAAUGGGGUUUGGGAUUAGCUUUCGGACCAGGAAUCACCUUCGAAGGCUUUCUCAUGAGGAGUCUUUAAAUGUUUAUGACUAUGAGCCGGAGAUUUGUAAACAAGUAAAAAUAGUAUGAGAAUCGGCACGUUAACUAUUCAUGAACCAAUGCCAAUUACAGUGAUUCUAGGACACUCGGUUAAAAGUAAUAGGCCUUCAUGCAUCCACGUAGUAAUAUAGUUUCAUCCUUGCAAAA